AUGUCUCAGUCACCGCAAAUCAUACCUUUGCAGGUCAGAGUCGAGGACUACGACUCUGCCGACAGUGACGAUUCUGUGGUUCUUUCAUCACUCGUCAAUCGCAAGAACACGACUAACGUGGCUACCAAACGAUCGCCAGCAAAGCCCCCGAGAGCGAACAUUGUGGAGGAAUACAUCAACUCCACUCGCAGCAGCCGCGAAACUUUCGCUGAUCAAAUCAACCAAGCUACUCUGGAGAGACUAUCUCGUGUUUCCGAGUACUCCGACUCUGGCGCCUCUUCAAGCAGCGAAGAUGAGAACCUUCCCAAGCAGACUAGCACAAUUGAAAACGAGUUCCGUCUCCGUCUCGAUGGCAAAGCGCCCGUGAACAUAUCACUAUCUAGUGACAUGGAAGGCCGCACCCUGCAGCUUGUGCCUGCCGAGAAUGGCAUGACUGAUCUUGUCAUUGGUGGUGGUCACAUCACUCAUAGCCACAUGGAUCCAACGGCUAAGCAAAAUGAAUCAACCGUCUUGGAUGGCCGGUCCGAUUCCGGCUACUCAAGCUGGACGGUGAGUUCACACAACAGUGCGUUCUUAGCAUCAUUAGGCAAAGCCCCGCCAUCCGUUGCAGACGAGUUUCCCAUGGACCCGGUCAUCGAGGCUCUGGAGCCUCCGCCAAUGCCAGCUGUUCCGACAGAGAAUCGAGGACGCCUUCCUAAGAAUGAUGUAAGCAAAGCCACGAGCCUGGUCGAUCGGCCAUUUUCGAGGAGAUCCCGCAAUAUAACGGGAGUCAAUGCUUCAACCGUUGGAGAAAAUGCGACGCACAAGAACGAGGCCAAGAAACGAAAGAUCAAGAGUAUGGGCAAUGUGAAGAAAGGGAGGGUUGUAAUAUUCCAAGGUUCAAAAAAAGGUGCCGGAAAAGGGAGGGAGAAUGCCUGUGUAAAGAGCUCUCGCAGAGGAUCCAUGACCAUGACUCCAGCUCAGCAAGAUGGGCAGCGGCGACAUCUGGCUGUAGAGAUGGGUUUUAGGCAGGGCGACAGCAGAGCAACCGGAGCUUCCGAGGAUGAAGAAAGAACAACACUUCUCCAAGAGAAAGCUAGCCUUCCGGCAGAGGCUCCAUCGAGCAGCACGCCGCACGACUCUGCUCUCGACCGCCCUGGCUCAGUUUUCAUCUCAUCAGCCUCUGAAGACAGCAGACUCAGCACGGAUGAGAGCGUUGAGCUCAGUUCUGCAGAGAGCGUCAAUGAAAGUGACGAGGCUUCCGACGAAUGCGAAGUCCAUGUACAAGAUGCACUCCACUCUGCAAUGAACGUCGUCAGGAAUCUCCUCCUCCGAGAGCUCUUAGACCAUGCGCUACCAGAAGCUGCAGAUGGUCUCCCUGCAUCGAGCACAUCGACUCCUGGAAGUGUGGGUAGCUCUGCAUCUUCAAUUCUUGCUUCAUCGAGUGUAAAUUCUCAAACACAUCAAAGAAGCAAAAGAUCGCGAGAGGGUGGACGUGACCCAGGAGAUGGCAAUGGCGACAAUUCAGAUGAUGAAGAUCGACCAAAGAAGAAGGCAGGUUUUGUGGACAUGGCCAAGUUGAAGGACCACAUCAAGCGCGUGCACACUCAACCACUGCGCUGCUCAAGGUGCUGGAUGGAGAUGGAGUGUGAGGAGGCAUACUCAGAUCAUUUACAACAAGAGAACAUCUGCGACAGGCGUCCUGAGCCGCAGGAUGAUCGCAUACGUCCGCAGCUAUUAAAGAGACUUGACUUCAAGAAAGUCCCUUACUCCAAUGCUAGGAAUGUCGAGGAAAAAUGGAGCAUUUUGUUCAAGGUACUUUUCCCGGAAGAUAGCAACACACCGUCACCAUAUGAGGAUCAAGGCAUGAGUCCGCAGCUCGAGCGUGCUUUGUGUGAGGCUCUCGAGGAAGAACUGACUCCUAUCCGAUUCGCCCAUGUCUCCAAGCUCCGCGUCUUCCAUUGUAGCAUCAUCUACUACUAG